GUUUGGGAUGAAGAAGCCCGUGAUCGUGAAUGAUAGCUACAGAAAGAGAACCAUAAGAGAAGAAUCAAACAAAAUUCCAAUCAAAACCCAUGUUCAACGUGGGUUCAAGUUUUAACCUUUAAUCAUUUUAGACCUGGUUCUGCACUUCCUUUUUUUAUUUGGUCCCCUUUAGCUAUUCCUCUAUACAUCCGUCUCCCUUUCCUCUUUCAUCGUUAAUUAUGAAUGACCCACAAUCGCAAAAACCAUUAUGUCUAAGCUAUGUUGCUUUUUGUGCACAAUUACAUUCCUUCACCUUUCCAAAUUUGUCAUUUCAGAACGCGAGCUACUACCAACGCCACCAUUACCAAUCCUUCCACUACCUUCAUUUUCCCAAUUGAAAUGGCAACAGAGGGAGCUCAUCAUGUUCCUCCAUUUUGGAGUCAAUACCUUCACCGACUCCGAGUGGGGCACUGGCUAUGAGAAUCCGGCCAUAUUUAACCCGGUUGGGCUCGAUGCCAACCAAUGGGUCGAUACAACAGCUGAAGCAGGAAUCUCCCUAAUGAUACUAACAGCAAAACACCACGACGGGUUCUGCUUGUGGCCUAGUAAAUACACUCAUCAUUCUGUGGCUAGGAGUCCAUGGAAGAACGGCCAUGGAGAUGUCGUUGAAGAACUUGUGAAUGCAGCCAAGAAUCAUGGUGGCAUUGACGUGGGAUUGUAUCUUUCUCCUUGGGAUCGACACGAUAGAAGAUAUGGACACGAUUUGCCAUACAACGAGUACUACGUGGCCCAGUUGCAAGAGCUACUAAACAAGUAUGGAGAUGUGAGAGAGAUAUGGUUUGAUGGAGCCAAGGGUUCAAAUGUACCAAAUAUGUCAUAUUACUUCUCAGAUUGGUUUGCAAUGGUGAAAGAGUUGCAGAAUUCCAUCAAUAUAUUCUCUGAUGCAGGUCCUGAUAUCAGAUGGGUCGGAAAUGAAAAUGGAUUUGCGGGAAAUACAUGCUGGUCCACCAUUAAUCGGACUUCUCUUUCAAUCGUGAAUGCUAGUAUUGAUUAUCUCAACGCUGGUGAUCCAAAAGGGACAGAUUGGCUACCAGCAGAGUGUGAUGCUUCCAUCCGAAAGGGAUGGUUUUGGCAUAAAUCUCAGUCACCCAAGAAGCUAAGCAAGCUACUUGAUAUCUACUACAACUCUGUUGGACGAAAUUGUGUACUAUUGCUCAAUGUGCCACCUAAUUCAACUGGUCUAAUAUCUGAGUCUGAUGUUCAAAGAUUGAAGGAAUUUGGAACCGCAAUUGACACAAUUUUUGGUACUAAUUUGGCGGAGAAAUGCUUUAUAAAAGUUAGUAGCCAGAGAGGAGGUAAAGAUGGUGUUUUUGGACCAGAAAAUGUGAUAGAUAGUGACCAUUUGUGGACAUAUUGGGUUCCAAGAGAUAAAGAGAAAGAGGAUAGUUGGAUUGAGAUUAGAUGCAAUAAAGAGUUAAGAUUUAACGUCAUUAGGAUUCAAGAAGCAAUUGGUCUUGGCCAGAGGAUCAAACGGCAUGAAGUUUAUGUAGAUGGGAAGAAGGUUGCUGAAGGGACUACAGUGGGGUACAAGAGGCUCCACAAGCUUGAAAAGAAAGUUGUUUAUGGCCAAAUUGUGAGGAUUAAGUUCUUGGAGUCAAGAGGAGUGCCAUUGAUUUCUUCCAUAGGUUUGCACUAUGAUCCUUUUUAGCUUUUUUAAAUUAUAACCCAAAAUGAGUAAUAACUUCGGUGAUAAAGAAUGGCUUGUAGCCUGUAGGCUUGUGCUUUAGCUCGUCCUUCUUCCAGCUUUUGGUUUGUCUUUAAUGUCGAGAUGCCCUUGUCCCAAUGUCCACAAGGACAAUGAUAGAAACAUGGCCAGAAAAGCACAUGCAAAUGAGAUUUUCUUGAAUUGCAGAAA